UUGGAAUUCUAUACUCCUUUCCUCUCGAUACCCCAAAAAAGAAAAAGAAAAUAUCCAACUCAACUCUAAAAUCCUGGCACGUUCUUCCUUCCCUCUGUUGCGCCCACGACGCACCGCCUGGGCACCACCACCAGAACGAGAACCCCGCCCGCAUGGACGCCCUCCUCCGGCGACUGCUUCGCUGCUUCGGCGCGCGCCGUCGCCGAGAGCGACCUCGGCGACGCCAUGGCGGCCGCGGCGGCGGUGGUAGGGACGACGACGCCGACGACGCCACGAAGAAGAGCUUCCUAAGACGCGUCGCCCGGUUCGGACGUCGCGGCGCAGGCGCCGAGCGGCUCGAGACGCCGAGGCCUUGCCGUCGCCGGUGGCCGCGGCCGCGCGGGGUGAACCGCGUCUUCGCGCGGUCGCCCCCCUGCGGAACGGCUGCCAGGGGCGUCGAACCCAGGCCUGCUGCCACAGACGCCGUCGCCGCGGCGGCGACGGCCGUGCAGGCGGAGGGCGGAGGAGCUGGCAGCCAGGAGUUUUCCGUCGAGCACGCCGCGGCCGCCACCAUCCAGGCCCACUUCCGCGGCCACCUGGCGAGGAAGGCGUUCCGCGCCCUGAGGAGCCUGGUGAAGCUGCAGGCGUUCGCGCGAGGCGCGUACGUGCGGAAGCAGGCCAGCGUCGCCAUCUGGUGCAUGAAGGUGCUCGUCAGGCUGCAGGUGCGCGUGCGCUCCCGGCAGCUGCUGCUCCUGGACUGA